CUUAAAAUCCCUUGGAGGAUCGUCCGGGCUCUGUCGCCCCAUGGCAUCCACCGCUUCCUCGCGGCCCGCCAAUCCCACCUCUCCUUCCUACUCAGAUGACCUCGAGUUCGUAACUGCUUAUCUUACCGUCCACGCUCUCAGCGACGCCAGUCAUGUGUACGCAUAUCUGCUUUGGAUAGCCCUAGGCUCCCUCCUCCUCUUCUGGUCAACCUUCCAUCAUCUCCAUCUUCGCGGAGGCUAUCUGGGCGCCCUCUGGUCCAAAUGGGCAUUGCGACGGCGAACCUGGAGGAAGAAGCACAGUCUCGCCGUCGCGAAAGCGAAGGGUCAGCCCCAUCGACAACCUUACUCCUUCCCCUCCAACGCGCAGAUAUUCACCGUUUGCCUCGUUGCUAUCUGUACUCUUGUGGUCUCUUUCGUCGGCCCUGACAACCUCGCUCCCGGCUCCUACUUGUGGACUUUGAGCAAAUAUCCUCAUGCUACUACCUCCGGCUUUGCCAAGCGCGAGUACACUAUGGACCAGUUCAUGCAGUUCCAGCCUCAGUACACUAUCCCUAAGGCCUGGUGGACCAUGGGUGAUCGUACUGGUAUGAUCGCGUUUGCGCUUUUCCCCCUCUGUGUCCUCUUCGCCUUGAAGUCCCCUCCCUUCGCUAUACUCUCCAUGUCCCUCACCGUCCAGGUGUUCUGCGACAAGCUGAUGUUACUCCACAAGUGGACGGCUCUGCUUAUUUAUCUUCUCACUGUCCUUCAUGUCGCUUUCUGGAGCGUACAACUAUUCAUAGACCAUCGUAACGGGAAGAUUGCGUAUUUCUACGCAUGGCAAUAUGAGAAAUUCCUUUUCGCCUGGAUCGCAUUUGGUUGCAUGACCCUGGUCUUCUUGCUUUCCAUCGGGCCCUUUAGGAAGAGGCACUAUGAGGCGUUCUGGUUCCUACACAUCCUCUUCGUCCCCCUCACCAUUGUUAUGGCCGCAUUGCAUCAUCCUCCGGUAUGGUGGUGGUGUUGGGCCGCCUUGGCUCUCUGGGUCGGGGAGCGCACAUGGCGGUUUACGUGGUGGCUCUACACAAAUGGUUUCGUCGGAGCGAAAUCUGCAGCCCCCUCAAGCAAGCUUCGGAAGGCCCAGUCUCAAGACAAGGAUCCUGCUCCUGGGCAGCCACCGAAAGUGGAGGGCGGUUAUCCCUACCCGCCCACCCUCCCGUCGUCCGCACCAGGACUCGACCAGUAUCCCCCAAUCGUUCAGCUUCCUGGCGUUGGACUGUCUCUUCCGACGGAUUACGUUCCCCCUCCCGGUUUCGCCCACGCGGAACUUCUCCCUGGGCGCACCGUCCGCCUACGCAUCGUAACGCCCGGAUACCUGACCUGGGCACCUGGCCAGCACUUUCUCAUUUCCGUCCUGGCCGUAACACGCUUCACGACGCACCCGUUCACUACGGCGUCCAUCUGUGACGAACAGAACCAGUAUGACGACGGCCGCGUGCUCGUCUUCAUCAUCCGGGCGAAGAACGGGUGGACGAAGGACCUCUGGGACACCAUCGCGAUGAUGCACGCGCGGGGGCAGCAGUGUCUACGGGAGGAGCAUGUGCCGCGCUGCGAGAUGCCGGAGCGCGGGGUGCUGCUGCGCGCAUGCGUCGACGGGCCGUUCGGGUCGUCCGCGCGCGCGUCGUGGGGAGAGUACUCGUCGGUGGUGAUCGUGGCUGGCGGGUCGGGGGUGAGCUAUGCGCUCUCGAUCCUGCAGUACAUCUGCCUGUGCAUGGCCGGGCGCGAUGGGCGGUUCCUGGGAGGGAGGAAGGGUGGCUUCGGGCAACCUGGGUAUAAGACGAGCCGGGUGCGGUUUCUCUGGCUUAUCCGCGAGUUCGGCCAUAUCCAGUGGUGCGCACCUACUCUUCGGAGAUGUCUGGACAUGAUCUCGCCUUCGGAGCUGCAGAUCGACAUUUUCGUGACGAACGUCAAGCCUGUGCCGCAGCCGAACCUUGCGACGACGCCCUCCCGUAUCUCGUUUGCUCUUCUGCCCCACAAGCAGGAGUUAGAGCCACCGCGGCCCGAAUUCGCUCGCCCCAAGUCGAUCUCGUCUCUCUCAUCGGACGAGAGCGGCGAGGACAGCGACGUUGACCUGAGCUACUACACCGGCUUCGUACAAGACGAGGGCGAGCUUGGGCACGAAGAGCACGUGCUCGACCUGACGAACUUCGAGGGUGACAACGACGCAGCCAUGCCCGGGGAGGCUCAGUUCAACCUCUCGAUCAAGAACGAGGGCAGAUCGCGUCGGUUCCUCUCGCGGAGAGCGUCGACCGCGCUCCAGGCGAAGGAGCAGCUCACGCAACGCGCAUCACAGUUGGACUUCGAGGGCCCUAGUCAUUCCUCGGUCCAGCUCGUGAGGAAGCCACAUCCUAUCCCGCCCAUCGACACGAGCCUACCGCCUCCUGUCCGUGUUAGCGUGGGCAGCCCAGGGUCGAGAGCGUCUAGCAGCAGCGACUUAGGAACACGGCGCCCCGAGAGCCAGAGUACGGACGGACGACAUGACAGCUACUCGAGCCAGACGAGCCUGCGGAAGACGCCGACGAGCGCGGCGCCCCUCGUUGGGGGCAGUAUGCAGACCCAGCUGCCCCCGAUCCAGACGCGCAACCUCACAGGCGCCCCUGGGCGGAAACGCUUCUCACACCUCUCGACGCUCUCGGAGCGCACGGACCUGCUCCCUACCCCUACUACCUCGGUGACUCCCCGCUCAACGUCGAGGCUGAGCCAGUGGACGGACACGGACAGCUUCGCGGCGCUCGUGCCGCGGGGGGAGGUGGAGAGCGUGCGGGAGCAGCUGCGGCUGAACUUGGACGAGCAGGAGGCGGAGGACGUUGGGAUCGUGGCGGAGCAUGCGAGGCCGGGGAAGCCGAAGUUGGAGCGGAUACUGGCAGACGAGGUCGAGCGGGCGAAGGGCGCGAUCGCUGUCGCAUGUUGUGGUCCGACGUCUCUGGAUGCUAUGAUUCGCAAGAUCGUCGCAGCUCAAAUCGACCCUCAGAAGGUCAAGCGGGGCGACAUGCGAGGCUCGAUUGCGCUUUUCUCGGAGGAGUUCUCGUAUUGAACGACUUCGUCUUGGACUCUUCGCCUGCUUCAUCACUUUCCUUCUGCUCUAGAACUAUCAUACGCGUUGCGAGGCGUCUUACCAUCUCGCCAUCGUUCGUAGUUGGACACCUGAACACUUUCACGGAUCGCAUCUACCAUUUGGACGGCUUGUUCUGCAUCGUCGUACGUACAUUAUCACUCGCACAACACAACACUGUAUUUCUAUCAUUGUUAUCCUCCGUACUCUGUUUCGAUCUGUU